AUCGCUCCGAGCCAUGGCAGGGGCAGGGCUUGUGCCAGCUUGCACUCACUGCGGGACACUGGUGGAGAGAGAAGCUUCUCUGGAGCCCUGAGCAGCCAUGGAGAGGAUUGAGAAGGUCGUGAGGCAGGCGAGAGCCGCCUUCAACUCGGGCCGGAGCCGCUCGCUGGAGUUCAGGAUACAGCAGCUGAAGGCCCUGGAGCGGAUGGUGAAGGAGAAGGAGAAGGAGAUCCUGGCAGCCCUCCAUGCGGAUCUGCACAAGGGUGGGCCCAACGCGUACAGCCAUGAGAUCCUGGGCGUGCUGGCGGAGCUGGCCCUGACCAUGGAGAAGCUGCCGUCCUGGGCAGCCCCUCAGCCUGUGAAGAAGAACCUGAUGACGAUGCGGGACGAGGCCUACAUCAACUUUGAGCCGCUGGGAGUGGUGCUGAUCAUCGGGGCCUGGAACUACCCCUUUGUCCUGGUCAUGCAUCCUCUGAUUGGGGCCAUUGCAGCAGGCAAUGCUGUGGUGGUGAAGCCGUCGGAGGUGAGUGAGAACACGGCUCAGCUGGUGGCUGAUCUCCUCCCCCAGUACCUGGACCGGGAGCUGUACCCUGUGGUCACUGGAGGAGCUCCUGAGACAACAGAGCUGCUCACCCAGAGGUUUGAUCACAUCCUCUACACCGGCAACUCUGGAGUCGGCAAAAUUGUGAUGGCAGCAGCUGCCAAGCACCUGACACCCGUCACCCUGGAGCUGGGUGGGAAGAACCCCUGCUACAUCGACAAGGACUGUGACCUGGCCGUCACCUGCAGGCGAAUAACAUGGGGGAAGUACACGAACUGUGGGCAAAUCUGCAUCGCCCCAGACUACAUCCUCUGUGACCCAUCCAUCCAGAGCCAGGUGGUGGAGAACAUCAAGGCAACUCUGCUGGAAUUCUAUGGGGAGGACGUGAAGUCGUCUCCGGAUUAUGAAAGGAUCGUCAACAAGCGUCACUUCAAGAGAGUUGUGGGCUUGCUGGAAGGGCAGAAGAUCGCUCACGGGGGAGAGAGUGAUGAGGCCUCCUGCUUCAUAGCACCGACCAUCCUGACAGACGUUUCCCCGGAUUCCAAGGUGAUGGAGGAGGAAAUCUUUGGGCCUGUCCUGCCCAUUGUGACCGUGAAGAGCGUAGAGGAAGCCAUUGAGUUCAUCAACCGUCGAGAGAAGCCCCUUGCCUUGUAUGUCUUCUCCAACAACAAGAAGCUGAUCAGACGGGUGAUAUCAGAGACCUCCAGUGGUGGCAUGACAGCCAAUGACGUCCUCAUGCACAUGAUGGUUCCGGAUCUGCCCUUCGGUGGUGUGGGUCACAGCGGGAUGGGAGCCUACCAUGGCAGGUGCAGCUUCGAGACCUUCUCCCACCGCCGCACCUGCUUGAUCAGGGACCUGAAGCUGGAUGUUCUGAACAAAAUGCGGUACCCACCUCUCAGCCAGGAGAGGCUGGAUGUGACCAAGUUCGUCUUCCUGAAGCAUUGUAGCGACUGGCGAGUGGGACAGUUCCUCUCGGCCCUGCUGGGGGCUGUGAAAGCAGUGAUGGCAAAGAUAUUCUCCCCCUGACAAGAGGGGUGAUGGGCAGUCAGCAGCUUUCCAGCCCCGGAACCCACCACUCACUCCCUGCGGUCCUAGUGCUGAAUUUUUCUCUGCUGCAAUUUCAUUUCUUCCAAGGCAGCCCACACACUGAAGAGGUAGAAGACAACAAAAAAUACCUAGAGCAGAGACAGUCCAAGCUGAAGGUUCCAGCUCCUGCUGAAGCAGGAAUUUAUCAAGACCUAGGCCAUGUGUCAUGCCUGAGCAGUGAGUGCCAGAUGGAAGGAAACAGCAUCCACCCUGCUUUGUAAACAGCAGCUUAUCUAGAAACUCUUGGGAAUGGGGGAGUGUUUGUCACAAGGGUACCUAAACAAAGCCAGUUGUUACUGAGCCUGUUAUCUACUUAAUGCCUGCCUGAUUCCCAUAGGAAGCUGGCUCAUUACAGCAAUAAGCCUAGCAAAUUGUGGGUCUCACUGCAGGGGACAGUCCAGGCUACUUGUCCCCAGAGCAGAGGGAAGGAGCCUGGAAGAACCUGCAGCAUCCCAUCCUUUACGGGACUCGUGACCGAAUGGGUUGCAGGGAAAUCACCCAAAGCCAUGUAAGGUGUGCAAAGGCCACCUGACUGACAGCAAAGGCUCUCUGAGCUGCAGCCACACUGUCCCAAGGACUCAGGGAGUGUCAGGGACCACAACUGCACUGCUGCUGCACUGCUUUUGGGGCUGCUGGGGCAAAGACAGGGGCUUUGCUGCAACCAGGGUGCCAGGUCAGGGAUGUCCUUGGCCAGAGUGGCAGAGCAGCCAGCCACCUCAUCUGUAACUCAUUUUCAGGUUUUUAUUGGGUUUUGGGUAGUCUUUUACCUCCAAACUUGUAACUGAGAGCUGAUCUUGACCCUGGCUGAAUAAAACCUUUGUUUUACUGUGAAGGCCA